AUGGUUGACCCGAAUACCAAGAAAAAUAUGGCAGCCGACAUUCAAGGUAUUCACUUUCUCAACCCACAAGAAUGGGGUUUCUUUCAUAAGAUUUUUUUCUUUCUUAUUUAUUUACAAAUCUGUUUUGUUUCUUUCGUCAUCGUUUCUCUCUUUUCUUUCUUAUUUUUCUCAACUUUCUUUUUUUUUUCUCGACACGACAAUCGCGUUUCUUUCUUUUACUUUUUCUCUUUAUUCUCCCUUUCGAGUAUGCAUAGCUUCUCUUCUUUUUUCGAUUUUUUCUUUUCAAAUUUCGUCGUCAGUAAAUAUUUCUUUUUUUUUCCUUUUUUCUUCUUUCUCCUUUCUUUCUUUUUCACGUUUUCUAUUUUCUUUCGCUUUUCUUUGUUUUCUCCCCAAAUUCUUUCUAACUCUUUUCCUUUCAGACUUUCUUCUCGUAGACUCCUCUUCAAGUUACUUUCUCUCCUUUUCUUCUUCUAUCCUCAUACCACUUCCCAGUUUUCCCUAUAA